CCUGCAUCGAUUAGUCGCGCCUGCGCAAUCAGAACGCGUCUCGAAAGCGGAAGUGCGUCUAGCGUCAGUAUAGUAGUGGCAAGAUGGUGGCCACCAGGAGAGGAACACGCGUGGGCUCCCCUGUGAAAGAUACUAGCGAUGAAAACUCUGGAGCCACGCAGCCUACUCCUUCGACCAGAAGAACACGGCGCAGAACUCUAAUGGAAGAAAACCAGUCCCAAUCCGAAAUUGUUGGCGACUCCCAGCCAGAUGAGCUGAAGGAUGACAGUACUCCCUCUUCCUCAGCAGCAAGUCUGCCAAAGCGUGACAUUAGAAGAUCCACACGUCUUAUUGCUGACAAAAAGCAACCAAACUCUACCCAGGAAGCUGAUGUUUCUGAGUCAGAGUCCUGCUGCUCUGCAGUUUCUGAUGUACAGGUGACACCUAGAACCCUACGGAGAACUACAGUCAGGGGGAAGCCCACGGUACAGGACGAGGCAUCUGAAGUUGAAUCCUGCUCAUCUGAGGUGUCCACAACCCAUUCUCACAGAGCUCCGCGCAGCCUGAGGAAACGCGUUCUGACUUCAGCAGCUGCAAAAGAGGCCACAAAGGAUGAUGAUGAUGAUCCCUCGGGGGCUGAGUCGUGCAGUUCUGCUGUAUCCGUCACUAAAGCUAUGGACACUCGUCUGAUAACAAGGAGUCAUCGGAAGACUGCUGUUAUUUCCACAGAAGCAGAUUCAUCUGAUCCAGAGUCAUGCUCCUCCAGUGUUUCUGGCCUACGUGGAUCUGUGGUCCGCAGAUCUGCACGAAACCAGAAGGUAAAACCAACUGAGCCGAUCCCUUUGAGCUUUGAGGAAACCACAGAGACCCCUUCUUCUCCAAUGUCCAGGACGAGAGGCCGUAGGCUCAAAACAGUAGUUGAUGACACAAAUGACUCUGAUGGAUACAAGUCUGGUCCCAGCAUGAGUCCGUGGAGAUCCACCAGGCGUCAGCCCAAACCUGACACUCUGGUUGGCGAAUCUGAUUCAGAAUCGGUAGCUACUGAUGUCUGCACCUCUCAGGGGAGCCCAAGCCAUCAGAGAGGAAGGGGGACUCCUUGUAGUAGCCGAACUGGGUCUGCAAGUAGUAGCCGUGCGGUUCCUGUAACCAGGACAAGAAGUAAAGCAAAAGUGGCUUCUGAUGUAGGUGACACUAUUACAACUGCUGCUGACAUGCCUGAGGAACCGGGUGAGGGGCUUAAACCUCAUCACGAAAGUAUUCCAGUACCUGAUGGAGAUACAGCUGAAAACACAGUAGAUCAACUGGACAGCACCGUGACCAUGGAGACCAGUGAAGCUCAGGAGUGCACCAUGAUUGAGGAGGAAGCUGAAGAUACCACUGUAGUUCUUGAUCAGGAUGAGGCCAUCGAGAUCCUAGAAGAUCCUGUACCAGCUGUGGUUGAGAAGGCCAUUGAGGAUCAGACUUAUGAGCCUGUGAAGCAGGAUGUGGUAGAAACCACCCUAGAAGAUCCUGUACCAGCUUUGGUUAAGGAGCAUGAGGACAAGAUUGAUUGUGAAAAGAAAGGUGUGAUCGUUUAUGAGGAAGCAAAUGACACCGUUAAGACAACCGAAAACGACUCUGUAAUGUUGAAAGACCUCGAAGGCCCUUCUACAAGCUCUAACACUGAAACAAAUUUGACCAUCACAGAGGAAACAUCUGUGAAACCUCCUCCCCAGAAACAAAUGAUCAGUUUACUCGACAGCAGUGAUGAUGAAGACAGUGCUGAUGAAGGUCUGUCUUCAGAAGAGGAAGGCUGUUCACAUAAAGCUGAAGAUGUGCAGAGUGAAGAUGAUGGGAUGUGCCCUGAUUUAAAUCAGGUGUCAGAAGAAGCAGAGGCAUACAGUAAUGGACUGUUUGUUAUAGACACUAAACCUGGACUACAGUCUAAGGACCAGUAUUAUGUUGAUGCCAAGCAAACCGAGGAAGAGGAUGAGGAGGAUUUUGUUGAUGAGGAUGGAGAUGACGAUGAUGACGAAGAUUCAAAAGUGCUGUUUGCUCCCAAAAAGCCUCUGAUACAGCUAUCUAGUGCCAUUGACACAGGUCUGAAAAUGAAGGAACUUGGUGGUUUGUACAUCAGUUUUGAUGGCAGCAACAAGCAAAAGAGUCUUUCCAACAGUUCGAAAAGCCAGAAGGACCUGAACAAUCAGGAUGAGUUGCUGAAGAAGAGUGUUAUCGUUCCGGAUUUUGAGAAGAAAGAUGCUGUGCCUCCAUACAGUGAAUCUAAACAUGCUGCUAAACUCAAGCGCAAGGCGGAAAGAGAAAAGACAACUGGUGAUGGCUGGUUCAACAUGAGAGCUCCUGAAUUAACAGAAGAGCUCAAAAAUGACCUGAAGGCACUUAAGAUGCGCUCAGCCAUGGACCCAAAGCGCUUCUACAAGAAGAAUGACAGAGAAGGAUUUCCCAAGUACUUUCAGGUUGGUACAGUGGUUGACAACCCAGUAGACUUUUAUAGUUCAAGAAUCCCUAAGAAACAAAGGAAAAGGACCAUUGUGGAAGAGCUGCUUGCUGAUGCAGAGUUUAGAAGCUAUAACAAAAAGAAAUACCAAGAGAUCAUGGCAGAAAAAGCAGCACAGGCUGCUGGCAAGAUGAACAGAAAGAAGCACAUGUUCCACAAGAAGAAGAUGAAUAAAUAGUUGCAUAAGGCAAAUCAGUUUUUUCCUGUCUUUCCUGAAUAGGAAUGGUUUAGCCUUUGUAAAUAUAAGGCAACUAUAUAUUUUUUAAAUUUCAGUGGAUUGAGAAUGCUUUUUUCGUGUUAAAUCAUUUGCAUUGCAUGUAAAAAAAAAAAAAAAAAAAACAUGCAACUUGUACAGAGAAAAUGAUUUUAUACUUUUUAGAGUUUUUUUCUUAAAUGAUCGAGAUUGGAAGACUGAUUGAAGAGACUGAUCAUUCCUCGCUGGCUGUGGAGUCACAAUAAAUUAAGUCCAAAAUGUAGUUUUUACUAAUGCUGUUAUCAAUAUGGAAGUUAAAAAAAAAAAAAAAAAAAGUAACACAUUGUCUAGCUUCCAUCCAUACUGUUUCCUGAUUUGAUUUACCAGACAUGCGUGAAUACAUUAAAUGACUAAUUGAACAUA